GGGGCCUCGCGCCGUCCUGGGGCGGCUCUUAGGGCCGGGCCAGCGCCGGAGCUCCGGACACCCGUCGCCGCUGUCGCCGCCGCAAGCUCGGUUUCUGCCGCCACCGCCGCUUCCGGUCGUCACCAUGAACCAGGAUCUUCGCAGGGAGCGGGAAGGCGCCAGCUUCAGCCCGGAGCUGCUCACGCACGUCCUGGACGGCAGCCCCGAGAACACCCGGCGCCGCCGAGAGAUCGAGAACCUGAUUCUGAAUGACCCAGACUUCCAGCACGAGGACUUGAACUUCCUCAGUCGCAGCCAGCGUUACGAGGUGGCUGUUAAGAAGAGCGCCAACAUGGUGAAGAAGAUGAGGGAGUUUGGCAUCGCAGACCCUGAGGAAAUCAUGUGGUUUAAAAAGUAGGUAUGCCUUCCCAUAGAUGAAGUGCCCAAGCCCAAACUUACAUUUAAGCCCGCAGCCUGUGGCGUCCUUUUUCAUCGUGUUUGGUGUGUGAAGACUCAGAGUGCAUAUUUUCACCCCACUUUAACGUUAUG